AUGUCAAAUAUGAGUAAUAAGAAAAUGGCUAAAAUAUGUGAUAUUUGUGGCGACAAAGGACGAGCCACUGAUUUGUUCAUUAAAUGGCAAAUGCGAUAUCAAUGUAAUGACGAGAAGUAUACUACAAUCAGUGAUUAUAAUGGUAUCAAUCAAUUGGAGUCCAAACGCAUAGCAGAACUACUGAUCGCUACCAACAAAAUCACAACUCAAUCAUUGAAUAGCAAUGCGAUUAUACAUAGGAUUAAGGAUUACAAUGAAAUGAUUACUCAAUUGACAGAAAUGAACGAACAAUUUAUUCGACAAAUAAUUCAAUUCACAAAAAGUCUGAACGGAUUCAACAAUAUCUGUGCCGACGAUAAGUAUGCGCUCAUGAAAUACGGGGGCAAAGAUUUGAUGCUAAUUCGGAGCCUUAAGUACUAUAACAAAGACAUUACAGGCUUUAGAAUACAACGGUUCAUAUCUAUCUGGAAUUACGAUGAUCACAUUAUUAUUGACCUGACUCGAACAACAACUAUAUCUACUCUUGAAAUACCGCUCGGAAUCGGAAUCACAGCCAAGACUUCAAACACUAAUGGAGUCAUUGAAGGAUAUGAAUACUUUAAAUCAAAUUCAGGGUAA